AUGGCCCUCUGUCUGAAGAUAUGCAACGACACCAGCCUUGCGGCAAGAGUGCGGUCCUUAAUCAUCUGGGACGGUAGAGGCGUCGACAUUUACCUUGGGAUCAUACAAGAUACAUUGUCGUUACUCCCUCGCCUUCACACCCUUGGUCUAUUUCUGACCACAACUGGAUCGUGGGUUCUUCCUAUAGCGGAUCCUCCCCCCUUCCAGCUUUGCUCCUUUUCGUGUUUGUAUACCUACGACGAGCACUUGGCCUCGUUCUUGAGCGGCCAACGCAGUUUGAAGCACCUCUCUGUGACGUUGUCGCGCACGUCCAAACUCCUCCGCAGCGUAGCGCCGCAGUUGCUUCCCAACUUGGUGUCUGUCCAUGCUCCUUUAUCCGUUGUAGCAGCUUUAGUUCCGGGACGACCCAUCCGCGAUGUGACAACUUCCUGUGGCGCACUCGAUGUCCCAACACCGCUAUCCUUUUUAUCAGAAUCUACGUCAAGUCAUGGAGUACAACGGCUGAUGGUAAACUUCGAUUAUCUGCAGAGUAUUGGCGGCGAGCAACUCUCUCAAUCAUGUCCAUCCUUGCUCUAUCUUAUCCUCGAUGCCGAUAGAGUGGCUCCAGAUGACGAAGAUAUGCUAGAUCAACUCACCGAGUGGAUCGAGGAAUACCUUCCCUAUGCGACCAAGUUGGACUGCCUCACCAUACGAUUCUAUCCUCAACUUUCACAGACACCUUGCCACGAGAUCGAUUUCUCUGACAUGAUCACGAGUAUUUUCGCAGCGUCGAAAAAGCUUUCGCAUGUCAUUGUCACCUUCCUCGGGUACACGGCAAAAUACGUAUGCAAACGAGAGCCGGGUCGCGACUGGUAUAUUGUCGAUGUAUAG